CGAAACUUGAGUAUACGACGGCGUAAAGUACCGCGUCGCUUCGACGUGACGUUUAACUUUUGGAUUGCGAAUCUCAGUGCCGACGAUUGUUUCGAGCGAUACGUUUGCCGAACGUGUCAACAAACGGUGAAAAAUGUCGUCGGGAGAUAUAGACAUCCUCGUGGACAUGGGUUUCAGCAUGUCCAAAGCCGUAAAGGCUUUGGAGAUCACCGGUAACAAAGGCGUGGAACCGGCAAUGGAAUGGUUACUGGCUCAUUCGGAGGAAGCAGAGUCAGCUCCAGAACCCUCAGUGGGCGAAAGUGCCCCAGCAUUGGCUGCUGACACACCAACUCAGGAUAAUGUUGCUGGUACUACUAGUCAGCAAGUGUCUUCCACUGAUACUGCCAAAUCCAUGAAAUGUGAUAUAUGUGGAAGACUCUUCAAAACUAGUUUAGAAGUUGAGUUUCAUGCUUCAAAAUCAGGGCAUGAUAGUUUUACUGAAAGUACAGAAGAGAAAAAACCGCUCACUGAGGAAGAGAAGAAAGAACAAUUGAAAUUGUUGGAAGAAAAGUUGAAACAAAAGAGGAAAGAGAGAGAAGAACAGGAGAAAAAAGAUGAAUUAGAAAAGGAAAAGAAUAGGAUACGGUCGGGAAAGGAGAUGUCUGAGGCCAGGAAAAAAUUGGAAGAAUUAGAAAUGAAGAAACUGUUAGAGCAAAGGAAACGCGAAAAAGCGGAAGAGAAAGAAGCUAGACAAAGGGUCAGAGCUCAGAUAGAAGCUGAUAAAGCGGCAAGAAGAGCUAAAGCAAUCGCCGAGAGUAACAAUCAAGUAGCAAUGGACAGUACAUCAAACUCGUAUCCUACAUCCACAGGAACGCAUCAUAGGAAGGAUUACACAGAAACCAAACUUCAACUUAGGCUUACUAAUGGACAAACUCUAAUACAAAGCUUUGGGAGUAAGGAGCAAUUGUCCGCAGUGAGACUGUUUAUUGAAAUGAAUAGGACAGACGGCAGUGGUCCCUUCCAGCUUAUGACAACUUUUCCUAAGAAAGUGUUCACAGAUGAAGAUUACGAUGCGCCAUUGAAUGUGUUGGGUUUGGUUCCCUCGGCAGUAAUAAUCGUCCAAAAGAAGGUAGAAUGAUGUAAAUCAGUGGCGUUUUAAUUUUUGUAAGCAAAAACACUAAUGUAUAUUACAGGUUAAUUCUAAAAUA